UAAUCACAUUUACAUUUUCUCAAAGCUCAUUCAAAAAAAAAAAACAAAAAAAAACUCAUAAUAUUCAACAAAAAUGGCAAGCAACCAACAAACACCUGACAUUAGCGAGAAGGCAGCCGAGGCCGCCGGCCAGGCACAGGAGAAGAGUGAAGGAGUCAUUGCCCAAGUAAGCAGUGCAGCAUCUGGAACUGCUCAACAAGCAUCUCAGCUCCUCCAACAGACAGGAGAGUCAGUAAAAAAUUUGGCAGCAGGAGCAGCUGAUGUAGUGAAAAACACUUUGGGGAUUAACAAUGCUACCAACCCUGACAGCAUUGCGGCAAGCAGCCCAAGUGAUGCCCCAGCAGAGAACCCGAGCAAUGCCCCCGACAACCUAACCAAUGCAGCAAGCAACGCCCCAGACAACUUGACCGAGGCAGCAAAAAACUUUAGCAAUGCCUCGGACAAUCUGAGCAAUGCAGCUGACAACUCGAGCAAUGCCCCCGAAAACUUGAGCAAUGCGGCUAGCAACCCAAGCAAUGCCUCCGUCCACUUGAGCACCGUGGUGGGAAAUCCAAACAACGCACCUGGAAACCCAAGCAACGCACCCAGCAGCGCACCGAGCAACACAGACAAUGCACCAAGCAAGUGAAACAACUAUUUCUAGUUCUAUAAACUAUUGCAUAAGAUUAUAUAUGUACGCCCAAUAAUUAACUCGUAUCUUGCAUUAAUAGUUUAGUCCAAAAAAAUGACAUGUACAAGAAUUGGGCUAGACUUGUAAUUCAAGUUUUUUUUUUCUCAUCUAUAGCUUGGCUUCCUGGGGUUAAAAGACUCCUUGGAUGAAAAGAUGUAGUAAGUUUUACUUGGUAAUUAUUUGGUUUUAAAAUCAUAUGAAUAAAAUUUAAAG